AUGGGUUUGAGACCACAACUUCAUCCGGUUAUAACAGCUGCAAACAAGACAUAUUUGCCUUCAGCUAUUUUCACAAUGAGUAACAAAGAAAAAGAAGACUUGUUGAAGGUUAUAAAAAAUGUAAAAGUACCAGAUGGUUAUUCUUCAAAUGUUUCACGUUGUGUCAAGCUUGAACAUCGUACUAUAGUGGGCAUGAAGAGUCAUGAUAGCCAUAUACUGAUGCAACAACUUCUGCCAAUUGCAUUACGUGGGUCAUUACCUAAGAAGGUAAUAGAACCAUUGAUCGAGCUAUCUGGAUUCUUCAGGGGAAUUUGCUCGAAAACAAUGCGGCUUGAAGAUUUGGACCGAUUGGAAUCUAGAAUACCCAACAUAUUGUGCCAAUUAGAAAUGAUAUUUCCACCAUCAUUUUUCACGGUUAUGGUGCACUUGGUUAUACAUUUAGUUGCAGAAUGUAAACUUGGAGGACCCGUUCAUUAUCGAUGGAUGUAUCCCGUUGAAAGGUACCUACACCGACUUAAGUUUCAUGUGCGUAACAAAGCUGCACCAGAAGGUUCCAUUGCUGAAGGAUAUUUGCUGGAGGAAUUAUUGACGUUUUGUUCUCGUUAUUUAGAAUCCGCUCAAACGGUUUUCAAUAGACCAUCUAGAAACCCGGAUGAUUCUAAAGGGAAGGUUCUUGACGUUCGCCUUGAUUUUACGGCGUGGACUCAAGCACAUCGCUAUAUUCUCUUCAACUCUGAUGAUUUCACUCCAUUCCGCAUGAUGCACUUGGAAAUAUUGAGGAAUACAAUUGAUGAGAGGCAUGUAUCGAAUGAAGAACUACAGAAGAGGCACCAAGACCAAUUUUGUAAUUGGUUUCAAGAUUAUGUAAUGAAAAUGGAUGACAAUGAAAGAAGUGAAUUGGGCCAUAAAGUCGUAAUGCAUUCUAAAGGUCCCUUGCAAGUUGCCAAAGAAUUCAAUCGAAUUGUCAUCAAUGGUACAAAAUAUCGCACUAGGAAUUACGAAAAUGGGAAAAAAACUCAGAAUUGUGGUGUUAGUGUGUGUACUGAAGAUGGCCCUGCCUGGUAUGGCCAAUUAACACGCAUAAUUGAGAUUAUGUAUUAUGAUGGAUCUCGAUAUGUGUUAUUCAAAUGUGAUUGGGCAGACGUUACUAGGGGUAAAGGUUUCAAGGAGGAUGAGUUUGGGUUUAGUCUUGUGAAUUUUUCUCAUCUAGUACACACUGGUAAUCGGAUAACUGAUGAUCCGUUUGUUUUAUCUUCCCAAGUAUCUCAAGUAUAUUAUGUGGCAGAUGAAAGAUGCCCAAAUUGGGUUGUUGUCGUUAAGACAAAACCAAGAGACGUGUAUGACACUGGUGAAGAGGAAGUGACUGACGACGACGAUGAUGAAUAUUUAGUCAACGAAUAUUGUAACACUUCCAACGAUGAAGCUAUUGAACCUGCUAUUGACGAUGUUGUAUGGACGCGAAAUGACAUAGAUGGAUUGACGAUCGAAACUCCUUAA